AUGGCGGAUAUUAUGAUUUCGAAUGUCCGCUCACCGUUAUCCGAAGCUUCGAACCGAAUCAACUCGAAAUAUCCCACUCAGGAAGCCCAUCGGUACAAACCACGCUACGACCGCCCUCCCACAUCGACUGUCAACAAUCCCCCGCGCGCGAGCUAUGGGCAUCCCGCUGCAUACUUUUCUGGCCGACCUCCUCCUGUGCAACCACAGUCGACUGGCCCAAAAUCACAGGGACAACCUACCCUGAAACCACCUACUGAGAUGGAUGACGAUCGUCGACACUCGGCUGCAUCUUAUGAUUCAUCGGGCAGCAGUCACAGCAAGAAGAAUUAUAAGACGCACAUCGGCCCCUGGCAGUUAGGCAAGACGCUCGGCAAAGGCUCAUCUGCACGUGUACGGCUAUGUCGCCACAAUCUAACUAACCAGCUAGCCGCCGUCAAGAUUGUCAACAGACGAAUGGCAUAUCUUGUAAAGGAUAGCAGUUUAGCCGCUCUCAGCAAAUGGGAUAAUAACCUCCCGGACCAGAUUGACGGCGAGAUACGUGUCCCUAUGGCCAUCGAACGAGAAGUGGCCAUUCUCAAGCUCAUUGAGCACCCGAACAUCAUGAAGAUAUAUGAUAUUUGGGAGAACCGCUCAGAAGUUUACUUGAUACUCGAAUAUAUUGAUCAAGGCGAUCUGUUCACCUUUAUCAAUUUAAAGGGUCGCCUUAGUGAGGAAGUCUCCGUCUACUUUUUUCGACAAAUCAUCAGCGCCAUCUCCUACUGCCAUUCCUUUAACAUCUGCCAUCGGGACCUAAAGCCUGAGAACAUACUGAUCAGUGCAGACCUCAAAAUCAAAAUUGCGGAUUUCGGCAUGGCUGCUCUCCACCAAACCGACACUCAUCAGCUUGCUACAGCUUGUGGUAGUCCUCAUUACGCAGCACCUGAACUCCUCAAGAAUCGGCAGUAUCGGGGCGACAAAGCCGACAUUUGGAGUAUGGGUGUCAUCCUUUUUGCCAUGCUCACUGCGACUCUUCCAUUUGAUGAUCCGGACCUACGCGUUAUGAUGGCUAGGACGAAGAAAGGUCAAUACGAAAUGCCGAGUUUCCUUAGCCCAGAGGCCGAGGAUUUGAUCAGGCGAAUGCUGCAGGUUAACCCUGACCGGCGCAUUACCCUCAAAGAGAUAUGGCGCCAUCCUCUGGUCAAAAAGUAUGCUUAUCUCGACAAUCUCGACGAUCUCAACAGUCAACCUCCUGAUAUACGCAAGGGGUUUCAAUACACCCCUGUGCUGGCUAAAGACGUGGAUUCUCAGCUGGUUCGCCAGCUGCGGUCUAUGUGGCAUAUGUUCAGCGAGAACGAUUUGAAGCUGAAGCUCACAUGCGAUGAGCCCAACGAUCAAAAAGCUUUCUAUUGGCUGUUGUAUCACUACCGCGAGCAACAACUAGAAGACUUCAAGCCCGAAAUUGCUCACUCAACGAGUGACUAUCACCACAUGAAACCAGGCACAUGGAAGAAACGUGUGUCAACUUGUGAAUUUACGCAGCCGAGCAGUAAUGGCCAUGGACGUUCCAUAUCACGGUUCACUGUGAUCUCGAAUGCUACUGAGCCAGACAGAGCCGCAAGCCACGAGCCUCUCCAAGAAGACGGUAUGUUGCGGUCUCGCGAUUCCAAGACCAGUCAGUCAAGAUUGGAUAUUGAUCGUCACGCCUAUACAGACAAUGGCUCUUACACCGGACAACCAAAACGGCUUCGAAGCGGAUCAAGUGCGCGCCGUGGACGUGGAACAUCAACUCGUACCUCUACCACAGGGCGCCUCCUAUCCUCAAGAGGUUCAUUGUCGUCCAUGCACAGUAGCCGACAAGGUACACCACAUGCACGCAACACGCGCCACAAACGAGGAGUCGACUUCACGCACGUUCGGAAGAGGUCCACUUCAACCAACGGCAAUAGAAGUGGCUCUGUGCCACCUUAUGUCACAGAACAAGGAUCUACCUACCAGCUCGAGAUGGCUCGAUCAUUUACCCCAGAUGUUCCAGAACUCCCAAGCACUGUACUUCCAAAAUCCAAAGACAGGCAUGAGCCUCAAGUCAACACAAAACGCGCCUCCAGUCAAGCGAUGAGAAUAGCAUUGGGGUCACGAUAUGCAUCGGAGAUCUUCCAGGAAGAACUGCGGCAUUUCAGCAGCAACAUUGCUAAGGAUUGCGAUGAAGCUUUUAAAAGCUCACUGAUAGAGGAAGAUUCUAUUGCUGGCUCACUUACCGAACCGGAUAGAACCCAGUACGAGUCAACGCCCAUAUCUUUUACUAUCGACGCUCCGGAAGAAUCGGCUCCAGACAUUCUUGACUUAUCGGCCAAAUCUUUCAGCAACCGGCCUCUUCCACCUCUUCCCACCUCUACACAAGGCCACGAUGAACAUCCGCUAGCACCGACACCUAUCGGUUCGCGACCAACAACUGGCGACUCACACUUGGAGGAACUGCGUGCCGAACAAGUCAAAGUUGCUCAGCCAGUCGUUCUCAUGAGACACGCAGAGCGCCGAGUCGUCUCAGCCCCGGCUUAUCAUCAGAAAUCGAAGAUGAAUCUAGCUCUUCCAUCUAUCAACGAAACAGGAGUCACAUCUAACGACAAGGCCCGUAUCGUGUCAGCCCCUCCUCAUACGCCAACAAAGAGAGGGGUGGAUAGAAUUCUUGGCAUUGAAUACCUUAGCCAAGUCGAGAACAGCAUUCGGGUGGUACAUUCACCAGGAGACGAGAGUCCUGUCAAGAUGCCUAAACCUCUCAACGUGCGAAAGAUGAUGACUGAACCUCAACAAGGGAAUACCACUCCCUCAACUCAACGUCCCGGGCCGGAUUCGACAUCUCAACGCAGCGGGGAUGGGGGUACGUCCGCAAACACAACAUUGCUGGAUCAUUCUUCACAUGAUAAUUCUACGGGAGUGAAGAAAAAGAAGACGUCCUGGUUCAAACGUGCUUCCAAGGUCGAAUCUAACCACGGUCGAGAAUCUGUCGACUGGCAAGAUUGCAACUCAUACUUAACCUCUAGCGACGGCAAGCGAAGCGAUUCUACUACAGCAGAUGCUCCCUCUAAGAAGAAGACAUUCAACUUUAAUUUCUGGAAGAGCAACAAACAAAGGGACUCCAUUAUGUCAAUCGCAAAAGAGCCUGAUGAGAAGGAGGAGCGUCCUUCUGUCGAGUUGAGUGUCGUUAGUAAGACAAACACUUCAACAAAGGUACCACAACCCAGGUGGCAUGAGUCAAACUCCGGGCCAGUACGAAACAUUGAGGUCAAGCAGAACUGGCUCGCGCGUUUGUUCAGAGUCAAGCCAGCGAUAGACCACAUCUGCAUGACUAUUUCGAGACGACGCGCACGACAAGAGGUUACUAUCCUCCUACGGGAAUGGCGUAAGUAUGGCAUUCGGGACAUCCAAGUAGACAAGCAAAGGAACAUCAUCUUUGCACGGGUCGCAGAUAAGAACUUUUUGAACCUGAAAGAAGUAUCCUUCGCAGCGGAAGUUAUCACGGUGAUUGAGCAUGGCAAGAAGCAGCCACUCAGCAUUAUCCGAUUCACACAGGAGCGAGGGGCUGCUAGCAGCUUCUAUCGGGUAGUUGACACCAUGAGAAUGAUGUUCGAGACGCGGGCUUUGGUCAUUUCUGACAAGAACAAGCAGAAGAUGAUGAUCAAGACGCUCAAUUCUUGA